UCAACUCAAAUGGAUGCCGCAACUUCAACUGUCCAAUUCUCCCGGCCUCUCAUUUCCUUCAACCCAAAAUUCUCACCGGCAGUUCCACAAAGGCUCAGAAUUCCUUCUCGAUUGCGUUUCUCCGCCGCCGUUACCACGUUGUGGCCAGGAAUCUGAAAUUGAAGUCGAGAAUCGAAAGAUCGAACUGCUGCGAGCUGUUACCGACACCAAUCGCGGCCUAACUGCUACGCCCCUUCAACGCUCCGCCAUCGAGGAAGCUCUUGUGGAUGUAGAAAGUUUUGAUGCAGGGGAGCCGAUUCAGUUGAGUUUGUUGGAUGGCACAUGGCGCUUGCAGUACACGUCCGCCUCUGAUGUUGUCAUUCUCUUUCAGUCUGCCGAAACUCUCCCUUUCUUUGAGGUUGAUCAAAUAUAUCAAAAGUUUGAGUGCGAUGAUCAAUCCAGGGAAGGUGUAGUCCGGAAUAUUGUAAGAUGGAGCAUACCUAAUCUGUUGGAGGAGCAUGAAGGUGCCACUCUGAUCGUGUCUGCAAAAUUUUCCACGGUCUCUGUUCGAAACAUCUAUCUUGAGUUUCAAGAGAUAACUGUUCAAAACAUAAAAAUUGGUGAAGAGUUACAAGCUCUACUAGCUCCAGCAAUACUACCCCGGUCAUUUUUGAGUUUGCAGAUCCUGCAGUUUAUUAGAUCUUUCAAAGCUCAAUUUCCUGUCAGGCCGAGUUCUCAGAGUCGAUCUGUUGGUGGACUGUACUACCUGUCAUAUUUGGAUAGAAAUAUGCUUUUGGGCCGUGCCGUUGGAGGUGGUGGCGUUUUCGUAUUCACUAGAGCUCAACCUUUCAUCUGCUAAGAUAUUAGUAAUUGCAGCCAUUUACAUGUACAACAUAUCUCACCAACCUUUAAUUAUGUAACCUUACAACAAUUAUGGUCCUUUUUAUAUGAGUCGGUCAAAACUCAAAAGUAGUAA